AUGGGCGACACUGCCACCACUGCCCCUGGAGCAGCUGCUCUCUCAGCUCCCAGUGGAAGCCCCCUCCUGAAGCUCUUUGGAACUGACCCAAUCGAUCCCCUUGGCCAUGUCCGUCCUUUGAGCUUCAUUCGCAACAAAAUCUAUUCCUACGCCUGGUCUCGCGAGCGACGAGAUGACUUCAAGCUUGACUGGGUUGUUUCUGAGUCUGGCAUCAACCGCAAUGUCCCUGAGCGCUUUGUACCAGACACUCCCCAUGGUACUGCUGCAUUUAAGUGCCUGGACAAGCUCCCGUGCAACCUCCACCUUGUCAACAAACAGAUAUCUGAGGAUUUCACUCGUUACAUCUACAACAUCAAUGCUCUCGAAAUUCUUGUGGACCUCAAGGCUGUGCACACUGAGGCUACAGCCGCCUGUCUUCAGGAGAUCGUCACACAGCUACAGAACCCCAACCUCCAGAAGUACACACGACGUAGCCGGGUGCGAAUCCACUUCCCCCCUUCAUACCCAGUCAACAAUCUUCCAGCCAUCAAUCAACAUGCUCUUGAGGACAUUGCAUCUUCCUUUGACCAGUUUGAGCAGCUUGAGCAUGUGGCUCUCCGUGUGGUUCUGGCGCAGGGUUCGCCUCUGGACUACGAAAUUCGUUUUGCCGCCUUUCCAUUUUAUCCCAUGCGCAUGACCUACUGGUCUCUUCGAACCCUCAACACCAACGUUUUUCCAUCCAGCUGGGACAUCCUGGACAAACGGGAAAUCAAGCUGCUCGAUCAAGCUUGGAGAAUUUACAACGACAGUGGCAGUCUGACAGCACCGAUUAAGUACCGCUCUGUCGCACAUUUCCCAGAGUCAAGUCGGCCCCUUGCGCUCGAUGUAAUCAAUACAGCUGGUGGUGCUCUGCCGUACAAUGAGUUGUACAGUCCAAGAAAUGGUAGCAUGAAGAGAAAAAUUCGCAAGCAGAGAGCUCUGGCCAGUUCUCUGGUGUCUGCCAACCCUUCUUCUGUUAAGCCUCUCAAUGACUCUGAGGCUAUGGCGAGUGUGAAGCUGCCGAUACCUGGCGUGGAAGAGUCUCAGGCUAUCGCAGUCGAUGCUGCUGGCCGUGGUGCGGCGACAAACGCACAGUCUUCAGACCCUGAAUUUGUGUUGAAUACGGCAAACUACAAGCAAUAUGGCUCCCACCCAACCAUCCCACCAUCGCCUCCUCAGUCACCUGCUCAGCCCGGGAUGACCACGGCCAUGAUGUUUCCCUCAUUCAUGAGUAAUGACGACUUCACAGUGUCCUCACAGGUUGGAAAACCAGUGAUCAGCAAACAAAACACAUCUUGUCCGGAGCUUCAGGGCGCGGGUGCAAUGGACAAGCACCCACAAGACCCUCGACCUCCUAGUCCAGCUUCCAGCUCAUGUACCAUCGGUUCGACGUCGGAGAAUCCAACUGCCCUCAUGGACAAGGACGAAGAUGGUCGCGGAGACCUCAUUGUUGCCGGACAGACGGACAUCCACCACGUCCAGCAGAAGCAGGCAAAGAAAAAGCGAAAGUCCAAGAAGAGAGCCAAGUCGGUCGCCAACAAAGCCGGCGUGGUUCAGCAUGACCCUGUCCCCAGCGCCGCUCUCGACCAGGAUGAGAAGCAGGAGGAUGGUCUUGUUUCGGGCGGGCAGGAUGAUGGUGUGGGGGAGAAAGGUUCCGACAUAGACAUCGACAGCAAGUCUAUGACGGUCGGAGCUGAGCCAUCAAAGUCUGUAAAGAAGGUGGGGGCGUCAACGAGGCGCAAUCUGUCCAAGCUUGAGUUGCGCGCCUAUUCAAGCAAAUAUGCAAUCGCCAAGGAGCCCGACGCUACCCUGGGCGUCUUAAUGGAGAGGGACAUUUUUAUCAACUGGCACUUGCGCCAGCAAGAGCGGCAACGCACCGAGCAUGCUGAAAGACAAGCCAAGAAUAAGGAGACCAAGGAGAAGAGGGGAAUCAAGAAAGCUAAGCAGUUGUUGCUCCGUCGAGACACUGUCGCUCCCAACUCACCUCUAUCUCGUGCGUGUGAGCGUCAGCGCCAGGACCAGAAGAGCACGAGGAAGGCCAGCAAGAGCAGCGAGCCCGAUGUUGCAUCCGAGGCCGCUGGCCAUAUAUUUGAUGCAUUGAUAGAAACCGAGAUGUUCAUUCGUGGGCUCCCUCAAGUCACCAGCCUUGAACGCGAGCACCGCUUCAACUUCAGCAGCACAGAUCAGCCAAGCCGUCUUAUUGAAGAAGUCAAGGAGGAUGCGGGUAGCUCCAGCUCCAGCUCACCAAGCGAUGUUCAAGAUGGUUUAUAUUAUUCUGCGGAAAGUAUACCUUUCCGGUCGCCGGGACAGCUUGAAGGGGACGGCAAUCACACACACGGUGACGAGACCAGUCUCUCUCAAGACUUGUGUGCUACUAGCGUUUCCAAGCACAGCCAGAAAGAGUUUUCUGGCAGUGCCACGAGUUCCGGUCAAGAUUCUGGGCAAAUGGUUUUUUCAGGUACAAAUCCAGUUGAAGACAGCCCGUAUGGUUGUGCCUCAGGAAGUCCAGGCGGACGAGGGCCUCAGCGCGCCCGCAGACCGCAGCACCUAAGAGGUCACCGAAACGCUACGCGAGGCGCGAGGCGUGGUAACCAGGAUGUAUCUCUUGCUAAGGAUGGGCACGGCGAUCGCAGAACGCAUUGGGCUGCCCACGUAAUGGCGAGCGACGAAGGCUUGCGAGCUCGAGAUCGGAAGGAGAAUGAGACGCGGAAGCGCAAGCUGGAAGCUGACGGGGCUGAGGAUACUACUGCCUACGACCGUCCAAUCAUCGACACCUGGAUCAAGAAGGACGAGGAUGGCAAUCGCAUCGAGCACCAGACUGAGCGGCUGGUCUACAGCAAUCAAAAGCAGGAGCCAUCCGCGUCGGACGGACACGUCUCUUGA